AUGCAGUACUAUAAGCAGCUUUGCUGGGAGGGAAGAGAGCUUAGCAUCUGGCCAUCAACACGACAGUGUCUCCUUACCAACAAUAUCCAUAGUGACGAUGGUGGUGCUGGUGGUGGUGGUGGUGGUGAGAGCAGGAUCUGUGCAGACUUCCCCAUAUUAGAUCCCCAAAAUCAAGGGUUUGCAGACAGAAAAACAGAUGAACUGGAGCAACUCGCUUCCUCGCCCACUUGUGGGAAGAAGGCCAAAGGAAGGAACUUGGAAGGAUCCAGCAGGCCAAAUGUGGUUUGGGUGCUGCUCAUCCCCACCCCCACCUCCACCCAACUGUCACCUGGCUGCCAGGAUGCUUUCCUGCCAGAGUCCAGAGGAGAGGCCUGGCCUGCAGCUGGCCCCUCCCUAGCCUCGCCGCUCUCCACAGCAGAAAGGAGGAAGGAACCAAUCCCAAGAAGAUCUGAAGGGAGCUUUGUGGGGAGAGGACCUCAGAACUGGUUUUGGAGUCAGGUCCCAGUCCAGCUGGGCCAUUCAGCCAAACUGAGCCAAGCUGAUUCUAGAAGGGCAAAUGAGGAAGAUGCCACGGAAAAGAAGAGGCCCCAGAGUCAUGAGCAGGAGAAAAGAAAGGCUAACCAACAGUACAGUGGGGUGGAAGGGAAAUGCCUGUCCCGAGAUGGGGGUGGAGUACUUGAGCCACAGGAGCGCCCAGACUCCAACUGCAAAAAUGCUAAAGGCUUCGAGAACCAUUUGGCAACAUUUGCAGGGAUGGAAGAAUUGGUGGAUUAUAGUCGUAAACAUGGUGGGCAAAAAUCAUCUGGAAAGGCACUCUUUAACCUGAGUUGCAGCCACCUCAAUCUUUCGGAAAAGGAAUAUUUUGGAUUAGAAUUCUGCAGUCAUUCUGGAAAUAAUGUUUGGCUGGAACUGCUGAAGCCCAUAACAAAGCAAGUAAAAAUGGACCCUGGACACCUUCGGGAAGAACUCACAAGGUAUCUUUUCACUCUUCAAAUCAAGAAGGACUUGGCUCUGGGAAGGCUCCCAUGCAGUGACAACUGUACAGCGUUAAUGGUGUCGCACAUCUUACAAUCAGAAUUAGGAGACUUUCAUGAAGAAACAGUUAGGAAGCACCUGGUACAAACCCAGUAUUUACCAAGCCAAGACUGCUUAGAGAGCAAGAUCAUGCGCUUUCAUCAGCAGCACAUUGGCCGGAGCCCAGCUGAGUCAGAUAUUCUGCUACUGGACAUAGCAAGGAAGCUGGAUAUGUAUGGCAUCAGGCCUCAGCCUGCCAGCGACGGUGAAGGGAUGCAGAUCCACCUGGCUGUUGCUCACAUGGGAGUACUGGUGUUACGGGGAAAUACAAAGAUUAAUACUUUCAACUGGGCUAAGAUCCGCAAGUUGAGUUUUAAGAGAAAACAUUUUCUCAUCAAACUUCAUGCUAAUAUUUUGGUGUUGUGCAAAGACACUUUGGAGUUCACCAUGGCUAGCCGAGAUGCGUGCAAGGCUUUCUGGAAGACUUGUGUCGAGUACCAUGCUUUCUUCAGGCUUUCCGAAGAGCCCAAGUCAAAGCCCAAGACCCUUCUCUGCAGCAAGGGCUCCAGUUUCCGCUACAGUGGAAGAACUCAAAGGCAACUUUUGGAAUACGGGAAAAAGGGGAGGUUAAAGAGCCUGCCGUUUGAAAGGAAACAGUACCCAUCUCAGUAUCACGAGCGGCAGUGCAGGUCGUCACCAGACAUUCUCUCAGACGUGUCCAAACAAGUGGAAGACCUGAGACUGCCCUAUGGCGGCAGCUACUACCGAAACGUGGAUGGAGCGCACACAUCUGAGCCUAUGCUAGACAGGAGGAGGAGGAACUCAGCGGUUGAGGUGACAUUUGCAGCUGAACUGGAGCGGUCCAAACCAGAGGCAGAUCUCACAUCGCUCCAUCCAUCCCAAAGCAGUUCCUCUUUCACCUUUGUUUAUGCAGAUCCUGUCUUCAACAGUGACUCUGAUCCCAUAGACUUUUUUGAGGAACGGAGCCCGCUAAGCUCCUUCCAGACAAGCUCGAAGUGUGUGGACAAUCACAUAAGCACAUCUGCUUUCAGCAGCAAAGUGAGUCCAGCAAGGCAGCUCACAUACACCGAUGUGCCCUAUAUUCCUUGUACUAGCCAGCAGGUUGAUAUCAUGCCUCCUCAAGUCUUUUUUCAUGUGGACAAACCACCCCAGGUACCCAGGCGGUCUCCAAUCAUGGCAGAGGAAAGUGUCAGACCAGACAGCUAUCUAGAUCCCAGUGCAGUAAAACCAGUCAAAAGGAGCCCCAGGAAUAGCAGGAUAAAAAGUUUACAGCAAGACCUUCAAGAACUCCAAGAAGCUAUGGCUAGAACUAGUGGGAGGAGCAAUAUCAAUGUAGACCUAGGGGAGGAAGACCCACAUUUGGAUGAUGCUUUUGCAUAUCACCUUCAAGAGCAAACUCCUAAACGAUCGCAGAGCCAUUCAGACAUGAAAACGAUCCGUUUUCCUUUUGGGUCAGAAUUUAGACCUUUAGGGCCUUGUCCUGCUUUGACUCGUAAAACAGAUCCCUUUACAUGUACAUUUGCAGAGCAGGAGUUCCCCACAGUUCUAAUGGAUCAGAGCUCGGCAGAAAGAUAUGUAGUUAGUGAGUCCAGUGAUUCAGAAUCGGAGAUUCUUAAGCCAGACCACUACUCUUUGUAUGGCAAAGGAACGAAGUCACCUAGGGCCCGAAUCCGCUUGUCUUCUGGUAGUCUGCAGCUAGAUGAAGAGGACGAAGACAUUUCUUUCACCAUGCCAGAUGAUGAAGAUAGGACUUUGCUAAAGCCAUGCAACUAUUUCUUAGCUUAA